GAGCAAAGUGAACAGGGACCUGGAGGUGGGGAGAGCAGAAUAGGAGGCCGGGAAAGUGUCUUAAAAGGAAAAUGCAGGGUUUGUCCUUAAACCUGACGUCAGAUCUGUCUAAAAAAAAAAAAAAGACAGUAAAAGAAAGAGACAAAAGGAUUUAUCUGCCUUUAUGUAUGUGUCAGUGAAGGGAAACUUCAUGACUCUGCCCCAGAGGGAUCUGCACCCAAGGGGACCCAGUCUGGCUUCAAUCAAUGUAUCCAAGUCUGCCUGCCAGUGAUGAGGUGGCUCCCAAUUUGGAUUUUAGCAGCAAGCAGCAUUUGCCAGGUAUUUUGUCAGAACGCCACUACAAUGUCGCCUGUGACUUCCGUAACCGAAGCUUACACCCGGAGGCAGUUCUGUAAGUGGCCGUGCGAUUGCCCACAAUUCCCCCCAACGUGUCCGGCAGGGGUGAGCCUACUCACGGACGGCUGCGAUUGCUGUAAAACCUGCGCCAAGCAGCGAGGCGAGAACUGCACCGAGGCCGACACGUGUGAUAUUCACAAAGGACUGUACUGUGACUACAGCAGGGACAGUCCUAGGUACGAAGUGGGUGUAUGUGGACAAAUGACUGGCGUGGGCUGCAUGCUCAAUGGUAUUAGAUAUGUGAAUGGCCAGAGCUUCCAGCCCAACUGCAAGUAUAACUGCACGUGUGUUAAUGGGGACGUAGGAUGUGUCCCGCUCUGCACAAACUCCCGACCGCCGCUGGUCUGGUGCCAAAACCCCAAGCGCAUCAAAAUGGCCGGGAAAUGCUGUGAACAGUGGAUAUGUGAUGAUCUGAAGAGGGUCCGAAAAACGUCUCCUCGUCAUAUCGCUUCUUCAGCAUAUGAAGGCGAAAGUGAAUCCUGGCACAAUAAUUGUAUCGUACAGACGACCUCAUGGAGCCCCUGCAGCAAAACAUGUGGACUAGGAAUUUCCAUCCGGAUAUCCAACGAUAAUGACAAGUGCAUGCUUCGCAAAGAGAGGCGUCUGUGCAACAUGAGACCAUGUGAGGUGGAUAUAACCAAACACAUAAGGCCAGGGAAAAAAUGUCUAUCAGUGUAUAGAGAAACGGAACCAAAGAACUUCACCAUAUCGGGCUGUUUGAGCAAAAGAACGUACAGGCCCAAGUACUGUGGCGUUUGCACAGAUGACAGGUGCUGUAUACCCUACAAGUCGAAGACCAUCCAAGUGGAGUUUGACUGUCCGGAUGGAAGUGGCUUCACGUGGAAUGUCAUGUGGAUCAACGCUUGCUUCUGUAAUCUGAGCUGUCGGAAACCAAAUGACAUUUUUGCAGAUCUGCAGAGUUAUCAUGAUUAUACAGAGAUUGUGAACUGAUGUGAAGGCCUGUGAUGGAGGCGACCGUCCAGGACCACCUGUGACAACCAUGUCCUCAGUGCUGUGUUCUACAGUUCCAAUAGGUGCUAAGAGGUUGGAUUGGCAUAUUCCAUGAAGAAAAAUGUUUCAAGUGUUUGAAUUGGGUGGAAACUUUAGGCACAAUGCUCACCAACCACCUCCACUCCAUUUUAUCCUUCAGUUUAGCCUUCAUUCUGAUGCAUCUUCUCCUUUUAAAUUUCCAAUAUUCUUUUUGUUUUUCUCUGCGUAUUCCAACUGUUGUUUCCUUUAUCCUGUAUCUUCAGUCUUUCUUCAUUCCUCUUUCUUUUAUUUUCCAUUUCUUUUCUUCUGUAUACUAUUAAAUUUGCCCUUCCCUACCUGUAAAACUCUGCUGGGAGUAGAACAGAGUUAAUGGGGUUCUAAAAAUCAAUAUUUGGCAUGGACAUCCCAAGUUUUUUACUUGUAAAGGCCCCUAGAAUUCCUUUCUGGUUUUGAUUGUGUCUACAUUAUGACUGGACAAUCAAUAGGCCUCAGGUAAAAGAGUGCUGGCAGGUAGUGAUGAGUGAAUUUUUUUUUCACCAGGCAUGGAUUUGUAGCAAAAUUCUUUGUUUUGUCAUCAACAAAUUUCUUUAUGAAACUUCUGCAAAAAUUUGCCUUGAAAUUUUUCACUGACAAAACUGCCAUGAAAAAAAAAAACGCUCAUAGGAUUGAGAAAAAAAAGCCUAUGCCUUUCAAAUUUUUCACCUUUUCACAAAUCUUUCAGCAAUUUUGCUAAUUUUCUGGUGAAACGAGACAGAUUUGCUCAUUGCCUGGAAAUUUAGAUCCAGUGGCCACUCUGACCCUGGCGUCUUAACAACAGAUAAUAUUUUACUACCUUCACAUUGUUCAACGUACAUAUGAAAAGAUCUGAGUGUUUUUGUUCUUUCUGAAUUCUUCUUUAAUAGAAUCAUCGGCAAUGCCAUUAAACUUUCUUUGAAGAGGGUAAAAAUUUAAA